GGUCAACAGCUGGAAACCCGGUAGUGGAGACCGACUUGACAGAUUUGCUGUCCGUGCAGGAGAGACGCGGCUCUUCGUAGAAACAAGCGGCAGCUGAACACAGCAGCUAUCAUGGAGAAGCCUCUCCUUCCCAGAGAGUCUGGCCAGUUCGUGGCACAGCAAAGUCGAGACGUGUUCAUCAAGGACGCUGGAGUGCAGAAGGCGGCAGAGAUGCUCUACAGUCUCAGACACAGUGACGUCCUGACAGCCAGUGGCUGGAAAAUGGCCAAUCCCCUGGCUCCAGCACCCACCUCGGAUCAGGCGUUAAACUGGGUGUUUGUCGUGGACACCAUGAACUUCUCCUUUUGGCCAGAGAAAGAAGCUGGCCAGUGUGAGGUGACCUAUAAAGGCACCACUUACACAGGCUUCAUGACCCUGUGUGCUGCCAUCACCAGAGCCAUGGAAGAAGGUGUACCCAUCACUGAUCCCAAGUAUUUCUCCCAGAUGAGUGUUGAGGAGUUGGCACAAGUCCUUCGAUCAGACAACGACAUAGUUAUGCCGAUGAUUCAGGAACGCCACCAGGUCCUGACCGAGAGCGGCCGUGUGCUGCUGGAACACGGAGGAAGUUUCCGCAGCUUUAUCAGCCAAGCCGGGAACGACGCUCGGAAGAUGGUGGAGCUGAUCGUGGAGAAGAUUCCGUCCUACAGGGACGAGGCCACAUAUGAGGGCAAAAGAAUCUCUUUCUACAAGCGAGCCCAGAUCCUGGUGGCAGAUUUCUGGGGGGUCAUGGAGGCCAGAGGAGAGGGGGACAUCGUCAACAUGGACUGGCUCACCAUGUUUGCAGACUACAGGGUUCCUCAGGCGCUUGUCUAUUUAGGAGUGUUGCAGUACUCCGACGCACUGAUGCAGGCCUUGAAGAACGGUGAGCUGCUGCCUUCAGGGGAUCCGAGAGAGGUCGAGAUACGAGGAUGUUCCAUUUGGUCCGUGGAGCUGAUCAAGGAACGUCUGCACAAGCUGAUGAAGGAGAGAGAUGGAGCGGUCUGCAGCAUCAACUCUGCUGUCAUUGACUUCUACCUUUGGCCUUACGCUAAGCAGCAUCACAAAGAGAUGGCCCACAUUCCCAUUCACCACACGCGCUGUAUUUACUACUGAUAAACAGACUGGGAGCAGUGCAUGCAGAGCGUUUGCUGCCUGUCUGCUUGGUGAAUCCAAGCACCGUAGCGGAAAAUCAAGACAGGCUUCUCUUUAGCGCUAAAAUACACUGCUUCCAUAAAACUGUUGAAUUAAAGUGUUUUCACGUGGACUGUGUUCCAUCAGUCCUCUUUUUGUAACCAAGCAAGUGAUUAUUGUGUGCCAAUACAUUGUGCAUGUUUUGUGAUUGCCAAUUACAGCGGCGUUGAGUUUGUGAACCUCA